UGUUCCCUCCACUAUGAAUCCCUCGUGUAUAUAUACCAUACCCCAUGUCUUGUUCCUCUCUGAGAACUCAGAAAUUCUCCUCCCAAAGCCCCAGCUGUUAGCCGGAAUCAGGCCUCCUGACUACAUAGAAAUUGAGCAUGGCGGCACACGUGCACUUGCUCUUGCUGUUGAUCGCCACCGUGUGCGAAGCCAAAGUCCCUGCGGUCAUCGUGUUCGGGGACUCGUCCGUCGACGCCGGGAACAACAACGUGAUCUCCACCGUCCUGAAGAGCAACUUCCUGCCGUACGGCCGGGAUUUCGUCGGCGGCCGGCCCACGGGGCGCUUCUCCAAUGGCCGGAUCCCUCCGGACUUCAUCUCCGAGGCGUUCGGGCUCAAGCCGACUGUGCCGGCCUACCUGGACCGGAUGUACAGCAUCAAGGACUUCGCCACCGGAGUCUGCUUUGCCUCCGCCGGGACUGGGUACGACAAUGCCACCGCCACCGUCCUCAACGUAAUCCCCAUGUGGCGAGAGAUGGAGUACUACAAGGAAUACCAGCAGAAGCUCCGGUCGUACCUCGGCGACAACAAGGCCAACUUCACCCUCUCCGAGGCGCUCUACCUGGUCAGCCUCGGCACCAACGACUUCCUCGAGAACUACUACUCUUCCCUCCCCGGCGGACGGCGGUCACAGUUCACGGUGGGGCAGUACGAGGACUUCCUCGUCGGCCUCGCCACCAACCUGAUAACUGAGCUGCACCGCCUCGGCGCCCGGAAGGUGUCGCUGACGGGGCUGCCCCCGAUGGGAUGCCUACCGCUGGAGAGGACGACCAACUUCUUCGGGCUUAAUGAGUGUGUUCAGGAGUACAACGACGUGGCCGUGGAGUUCAACGGCAAGUUGAGGAAGGCGGUGGCGAGGAUGAACCAGCGGCUCCCCGGGCUGCGGAUGGUGCUGUCGGAUCCCUACGAGCUGUUCCUUCAGAUCAUCAAGAAGCCCUCUUCCUUCGGGUUCGACAUCACGCAGAGGGCGUGUUGCUCGACCGGGCUGUACGAGAUGAGUUACCUGUGCAAUCAACAGAAUCCGUUCACCUGCAUCGACGCUAGCAAGUACGUGUUCUGGGAUUCCUUCCACCCGACGGAGAAGAUGAACCAGAUACUCUCGGAGUAUCUGACCAGGGAGCUUCUCCUACCCACGUUCUCUUGAUCGAGUGUACGAUGAUUAUGAAUGCAUGUGAUGCGUGAUUUAUAUAUAGACCCUCCGCUGGUCGAGCUAUUUCAUGCCGUUCCAUGUGUAAAUUGCGAUUGUCGGUGCCAAAAUGUUGUACUAAAGAUCGAUAUGAACAAUUUAAUGUUUGGAGCUCGAUCAACUUCCAUGCGAUGAAACUGCUGAUAGAUUUGCUUUAUUGUAUAGUUUUCUCUCUUAGGGAGAAGGCCAAUCUA